AUGUCUAAUUUCGUUUCAUCGCCUGGUGUCAUACCCUCAGAUACUGCUCAGUUUCUCAAUUCCCAGGUGUCUUCAUCCUACGGAAGAGAUGUGUCUACUCCUGCUCCAAAUACCACAACAGGUCCCAUUAUGUUUUCAGAAAAUGGUUCCACAGUAUUAGGACUGCAACUGCAACUGCAACUGCAACUACAACUGCAGUCACAGCAACUGCAAUUGCAACAGCAACAGCAACAUCAGCAACAACAAAGGCCCAUUGUCGCUGGUAGAAGAAGACAAAAUGCUGCUCCCAAAGUUGUUGAUGUUACUGGUGAGAAAGUACGUGAAAGUUUUGAGAGUUUUAUUGAAGAAUUUGUUGAUCCGGAACAGAUGGAUAAUGGAUGGGAUGGGAAAAUCUAUUUGGCUCAAAUUGAAUCAAUGAAGACUUUCGAAUACAGUACAUUAUACAUUAAUUACCAGGAUUUAAUGUCAAGGGAGAAUGGGGUAUUGGCAACAGCCAUAUCGGAACAAUACUACAGAUUUUACCCCUUUUUGCUCAACGGUUUGAAACGUCUUUUGAAGAAAUAUGCUCCCCAAUUGCUUCACACAAAUUUGUUAGGACAAGUUGAUAAUGAUGAACCAGAAAGUGAAAACAGUUUGUCUACAACCAGUGCGGCUUCUAAUGAGAGGGUACUUCAGCUUUCCUUUUUCAACUUACCAACAGUGCAAAGAAUUAGAGAUGUUCGCUCAAACAAGAUUGGUUCGUUGAUGACCAUUUCUGGCACUAUAACUAGAACUUCUGAAGUUAGACCUGAGUUAUACAUGGGAAGCUUCACUUGUGACAUGUGUUCAGCAUUAAUUGAAGGAGUUGAGCAAAUAUUCAAGUACACAGAGCCGACAUCCUGCCCUUCUUGCGAGAACCAGUCAUAUUUUACCUUGAAUGUUUCAAAAUCAUUGUUUAUCGAUUGGCAAAGAGUAAGAAUCCAAGAAAAUGCUAAUGAAAUUCCAACUGGAUCAAUGCCAAGAACAUUGGAUGUCAUUUUGCGUGGUGAAACUGUGGAGAGAGCCAAGCCAGGAGACAAGUGCAAAUUCACUGGAUGUGAAAUUGUUAUCCCUGAUGUGUCGCAAUUGGGAUUGCCUGGUGUCAAACCACAAUCCAUCAAGGAGAACAAAGGAAGCUCAGAGUUGAACUCGGGUGUGUCAGGCUUGAAGACGCUUGGAGUUAGAGACUUGACUUACAAGUUGGCAUUCAAUGCAUGUCAUGUGUGUUCAAUAAUUAAUAAAGUUGGUAAUGAACGAGAUGAAGACAAUGAUAACUCAGACGCAUACUUGCUAUCGUUACCACAAGCUGAGGUUGAUGAGUUGAAGGAAAUGGUUAAGGAUGAGUAUGUCUAUGAUAAAUUGGUCCAGUCGGUUGCGCCUGCAGUAUUUGGUCAUGAUACCAUCAAGAAAGGUAUCUUACUUCAAUUGCUCUCCGGUGUUCACAAGCAAACUGUUGACGGAAUCAAUUUGAGAGGUGAUAUCAACAUUUGCAUUGUUGGUGAUCCAUCAACCUCAAAGUCGCAAUUUUUAAAAUACGUUUGCGGAUUCAGUCCUAGAGCUGUUUAUACUUCUGGUAAAGCCUCUUCCGCGGCCGGUCUAACUGCAGCAGUUGUUAGAGAUGAAGAAAGUGGUGAAUACACCAUUGAAGCUGGUGCUUUGAUGUUGGCAGAUAAUGGAAUCUGUGCCAUUGAUGAAUUUGACAAGAUGGACGUGGUUGAUCAAGUGGCAAUUCAUGAGGCAAUGGAGCAACAAACCAUCUCUAUUGCUAAAGCUGGUAUUCAUGCAACUUUGAACGCUCGUACAUCUAUCUUGGCUGCUGCAAACCCUAUUGGCGGAAGAUACAAUAGGAAAGUUGGUCUUCGGUCAAAUUUGAACAUGACAGCUCCAAUUAUGUCGAGAUUUGAUUUGUUCUUUGUCAUCUUGGAUGAUUGUAAUGAACGUGUGGAUACUCAAUUGGCGUCGCAUAUAGUUGAUUUGCAUAUGCUUAGAGAUGAUGCUAUUGACCCACCAUAUUCAGCUGAACAAUUGUCAAGAUACAUCAAAUACGCCAAGACUUUCAAUCCCAAGAUGACCAAGCAAGCCAGAGAUUUCCUUGUUACUAGAUACAAGGAGUUGCGUGACGAUGAUGCGCAAGGGUUGGGCAGGUCAUCGUACAGGAUUACUGUACGUCAAUUGGAGUCAAUGAUUAGAUUAAGUGAAGCUAUUGCUAGGGCCAAUUGUACCGAGGAAAUUACUCCCGACUUUGUUGCCGAAGCGUAUGAUUUGUUGAAACAGUCUAUUAUCAGAGUUGAAAUGGAUGAUGUGGAGAUGGAAGCUGAUGACCAAGAGGAACAGGAAACUGCUAUGGACGAGGAUAAUGCUGAUACUGUUGCAGCUACUACAUCCAGGGCCGAACCAACAACAAUUUCAUACGACAAGUACGUCUCAGUCAUGAAUCUACUCGUCAAGAAGAUUUCUGAGGAUGAUAAAGCUGGUGGAGAAGGGUUAACUGCUAAUGAAUUGGUUGAAUGGUUUUUGCUCCAAAAGGAGGAUGAUUUGUCCAGUGAGGCUGAAUAUUUACAAGAGAGAAAGAUUGCUUACAAAGUGUUGAAACGAUUAGUGAAAGAUCGUAUUUUGAUGAGCGUUUCCAAUAAUGACAAUGAUGGCGAAGAUGAACAAGCAGGAACAGAAACGAUGUCGUCAUCAACAAAGACAGUUUACAUCAUUCAUCCAAAUUGUGCCAUUCUUGAUUUCUUUGAAAGAGAUGAAAGAGAAAGUGAACAAUCUACGUGA